CACUGUCCUGGCAACAAACUGCUGAAUCGCUACUUUUUUCUUCUUCGUCUCUUUGCAUUUCUAGGCAAGCUUGGGAUAUAUGAUGCUGAUGGAGAUGGAGAUUUUGAUGUGGAAGAUGCUAAAGUAUUGCUAGGUGAGGAGCCAGGAGGGGUAGCCAAGAAAAAAACUAAAGUCAAAGUAAAAGAAGCAAUUAAAGAACCGCUCAAGAAAUUAAAGGAGAAGCGGGAAUCCAAGAAGGAGGAAAUCAAAGAUGAGGAAGGAAAAAAGAAAGCCAGGAAAGGAAAAGAUGCUACUGAUCGAAAGGACAAGAAAGCUGUUGAUAUGAAUAAAUUAAAGAAAGAUUCUGACAAGGCUAAAAGAGACAGAGGAAAGGAAAAGGAAAAGGAAAAAAGCCUAGACAAAAAUGUGAAAUCCAAGGAGGCUACAAAAAAAUCAGCCAGUGAAAAGGAUGGUACUAUUCAGUUGGCAAUACACUUACCUCAGACUUUCAAUACAGCACAUACGUGUCUCUGCCUUAAAGAAAGAUCUGUCCCAGCACAGCCUACAGCACCAGAAUCUGAGGAGACCAUCCAGCCUGCUGAGAAGUCGUAUGUCGAAUCAGAGCACAAGAAUGCUGACAUAGAAUUGGAAGAGGAAAUUCAGUCUGUUCUUCGUGAAGCUCUCCAUUCCCAGCCUGACUGUGUGGAGUGCAAGAAUGGGUCAACAGAGAUGGCUUUUACUGUCGUUUUUCCAGGAGCAAAGGCGGCACUGGCAAGUCAGUGCAGAUUCUUUGGGUUUAUACUGCUGGAAGGAGAGAGACGUGAAGAUGUAGAUGAAAGUAUAAAUGACCAGUGGCAAGUGAAGGAAGAAAUAUAUGGAGAAACCUUUGAAGCUCCUACAACAGAUGACUUGCUCAGAGAAUUAGAGAAUGAAAUGCCAGAAGCAUAUGAGACACCAGACUCAGUUCAGAAAGAUGCUGAUCUUCUGGCAGAUGAUCUUGGAGCAAUGGAGCCUGAACCAUAUGAAGCUCCAGUUUCAUAUGAAUAUGAUAUGGAUGUGGAAAAGACAGUAAGUGAUCCAGAAGCUCCAGGUGACUCUGAGCUAGUGCUAGAAGAUGCUAUUGAACAUUACACAGAGGAUAGCAUGCAUGGGGAGUAUAAUGAAGACCAUGCUAUUGAGGACCUUCUGGAGGAGGUGAAUGAAGUCACGGAGCCAGAUGAAAUUAUUGAAGAUUUUGAUAUUGAUAAAGAGCUGUCAGUAGAAAGUAAGCAUACAGAAGAUGUUGUGGCCACUGAACCAGAGGAAUCAGAAAUUCCUGUUCAAGCUGAGGAUUAUUCAAAUGAUGAUCUAGUGG